AUGAAGAUUUUAGAUGGGACAGAAGAGGGAGAUGACCCUGUGACAGUCUUGGAGAAAGGCGUGAAGCUCGGCAAGCAGCUCGCGAGCAUGCCGGAUGUGCUUGAGCGCUGGAAGGUGAUGGAAGAUUUCUGGGCCGAGACAAUCAUCUACGUCGCGCCCUCGCACUCCACCGGCAAGCAACACAUGCAGCAUCUUGAGAGUGGCGGGGAGUUCCUCACCCAUAUCUGGGCCCUGCUUUCUCAUGCUGGCAUCCUGAACCUUAACCGGGACAAGGAGCAGGGGGCACAGGCAGAGGCUGUGUGA